AUGAAUGUUAGAAAAGUAUUCCCCAGUAUUCCAGAGCAGCCGGGAAUGCUCUGCCCCGGAGAAGACACUCGCUGCGUAAGUCACAGUAUAUCUCCGAUAGGCUGUCUGCUCGUCUUCAUCCCUCCAGUGGACAAGAUGGCGGGAUUGUGUGCUUUGGCCUUUGCAUCUGGAGAAUCGAUCUACCGACGGGGGGCCAGAAGAUGGAGGAAGCUCUACCGAGUGAACGGACAUCUCUUCCAGGCCAAACGCUUUAACAGGAAAGCCUACUGUGCCCACUGUAGUGACAGGAUAUGGGGGCUGGGCAGUCAGGGCUACAAGUGUAUCACCUGCAAACUGCUGGUCCAUAAGCGCUGUCACAGACUCAUCCCUCAGACCUGCCAAAGGCUUAUGGAUCCAGUCAUGCCAUCACAGAAGCCCCCUUCAGAUGCCCAGAGUGCCGAGGUGGACCUUCCACUGGAUGACACAGAGGACACAGAUGGGAUACCGUUUUUACCACACAACUGCGCAGUGAAUAAAGCAGAAGACGAGACAGAGGACAUCAAAGCAGUAGUUGAUGGCAUCGAUGGCAUUAAGAUAUCCCAGGGACUGGCUCUUGGGCUGGCUGACUUUGACCUGAUUCGAGUAAUAGGACGAGGCAGCUAUGCCAAAGUUCUGCUGGUGCGGCUAAAGAAGAACGAGCAGAUGUACGCCAUGAAGGUGGUGAAAAAGGAGCUGGUCCAUGAUGACGAGGAUAUUGACUGGGUGCAGACAGAGAAGCAUGUUUUUGAGCAGGCCUCGACCAAUCCCUUCUUAGUUGGCCUCCACUCCUGUUUCCAGACAGAAAGUCGGUUAUUUCUAGUGAUCGAGUAUGUGAACGGUGGGGAUUUGAUGUUUCAUAUGCAACGACAAAGGAAGCUCCCGGAAGAGCACGCAAGAUUCUAUGCUGCUGAAAUCUGCAUCGCUUUGAACUUCCUACAUGAAAAGGGCAUCAUCUACCGUGAUCUGAAGCUGGACAACGUGCUCUUGGACCACGAGGGACACAUCAAGCUCACAGACUAUGGCAUGUGCAAGGAGGGGAUCAGACCAGGUGAUACCACCAGUACUUUCUGUGGCACUCCAAACUACAUAGCGCCUGAGAUCCUGAGAGGAGAAGACUAUGGCUUCAGCGUGGACUGGUGGGCUUUGGGCGUGCUGAUGUUUGAGAUGAUGGCUGGAAGGUCCCCGUUCGACAUCAUCACUGACAAUCCUGACAUGAACACAGAGGAGUACCUCUUUCAGGUUAUUCUCGAGAAGCCCAUUCGGAUCCCAAGGUCUCUGUCGGUGAAAGCUGCCGGCGUGCUCAAGGGCUUUCUAAACAAGGAUCCCAAGGAGCGGCUGGGUUGUCAGGUCCAGACAGGCUUCACAGACAUCAAGUCCCACACGUUUUUCCGCAGUAUAGACUGGGAACAGGUAAGAACUAAAGUCUGAGUGAAAACGCAUCGUUGUGUAUUAAAGUUAUUUCAUCUUAAACACAACAUACACACUGCAGUCUC